AUGCGGUCCUUGGACCUGGCUUCUCAACUUCUCCGAAAUCAGAUAGUGACUGACCCAGACAACUUAAUGGAGGAUGCUGCUUGGGCCAAGCACUGUGAUCAGAAUUUACUGGCCUCUGAUCCCCCAGUGGAAGAGGGAACCAGCAUUAUAAAUGCAAAAAGGACUCAGACAACAGAUCAUCAGCCUGUCUUGAAAACAGUUUCGGAAUCCAAUGAGGAUUGUCAGCUGAGACUCAGUGACCGGACACAAGAAGCCAGUGAUCUUGAGGACUCCUGGGAUGAAUCUUCGGGUGCAGGGUGCUCUCAAGGGACCCCCAGCUACAGCAGCUCCCACAACCUUUUCAGAGGUGCAGUUGCUCCCUGUCAGAGCAGCACCAUGACCAGACUGGGUGUGUCCGGUGAGCCCAGUCCCUGCACCAGCACCCACCGAAAUACUACUGGUGUAGCCUCCACACAGCGGCCUCAAGUCUCCUCUUCUAGAGUUCGUUUUGUUUCUGGUGGAGAUAGGCCUUUGACCAGUGAGCCACCACCAAGGUGGGCAAGGCGAAGAAGGCGUUCAGUAGCCAGGACUAUUGCUGCUGAGUUGGCAGAAAACAGGAGAUUGGCACGAGAACUUUCAAAACGUGAGGAAGAAAAAUUGGACAGGCUGAUUGCUAUCGGUGAGGAGGCCAGUGCUCAACAAGACACUGCCAAUGAGCUUCGCAGGGAUGCUGUGAUCGCAGUCAGACGUUUGGCAACAGCAGUGGAAGAGGCAACUGGUGCUUUUCAGCUAGGGCUUGAAAAAUUGCUUCAAAGGUUAAUUUCCAAUACCAAAAGUUAG